GUUCUUAUGUCGAAUGGUGAGGCUCAAGCGUAGCUUGAAGGUUUUUAGGUGAAGUUUCAUACAAAAGUAGGAUCAAUUAUACCAAAGUUGUCCCGGCGGCAAUGUUUUAUCAGUUAAAAACGUACCCAAGCUUUUUUAAAAAAGGAAAAAUAGUAUCGAUUGUGCCAAUCGAUAGUCCGGUCACAUGGCAACAGCUGUUCGGCAUCAUCACCAUGGGAAUGUGCGGAAUCGAAAUGAAUCAAAUCGGUUGGACAAGAUAUUUUAUUUUGGACCUGGAAGCUAUUUCACAAUGAUUAAGAGGCUUGCCUGAUUGCCGGUUUUGUACAUUAGAUGACAAUAGCAACGCGACAACGUGCGCAAACACACAACUUCACAUAUAAUCAGCUUACAGAAGAACAGAACUCAUUGACUCGCGUACAAUAAAAACCAUGCCCAUGAGGGAAUCGAGUGGGGUUUUUGCGUCCGCGGCAGGCUUAUGUGGAGUGCUACCGGCGCAAACCCAUUCGAAGGCCAAAAUGACGGAUCCCAGAUUUCGCAUACGACCCCUUCAGCAAGUAGCAUCGGCCUGCACUGGCGCCAUGGUCACCGCCUGCUUUAUGACGCCCUUGGAUGUGAUCAAGACACGCUUGCAGGCUCAACAGUCGGCCCUGCUUUCGAAUAAAUGCUUCCUAUAUUGCAACGGCCUCAUGGAUCACAUCUGUCCAUGCGGUCCUGGCACGCCAAGCCCGACACUGUCCAAGCCUGCUCCGCACUUUUCUGGCACCAUUGACGCGUUCAUUAAGAUAAGUCGCGCAGAGGGUAUUGGUUCGCUAUGGUCUGGACUCAGUCCUACGCUCAUCUCGGCCUUGCCCUCGACCAUCAUCUACUUUGUGGCCUACGAACAGUUGAAAGCUCGCUUUACCGACAUCCAUUACAAAUACUUGCUGAACCUGGACCCAGUUCAAGACUCAUCCGAUGUCCGUGACAUUCCAAUGCUUGUUCCCUUGCUGGCUGGCGUGACAGCUCGCAUUCUGGCCGUGACCUGCGUCAGUCCUGUAGAAUUGAUACGCACCAAAAUGCAGUCUCAGAAGAUGACGCACGCCGAAAUGUUUGGCACUAUCCGCCAGGUUGUACAGUCGCAGGGACUUCUUGGGCUGUGGCGUGGACUGCCGCCGACAAUACUACGGGACGUCCCAUUUUCGGGCAUCUACUGGACCUGCUAUGAGUACCUUAAAAGCAUCUUUAAUGUGGUCGAACCAACGUUUGGCUUCAGCUUCACAGCGGGGGCAAUAUCGGGAUCGGUCGCUGCCAUGGUUACCACUCCGUUUGAUGUGAUCAAAACCCACGAACAAAUCGAGUUUGGCGAGAAGUUUAUAUUCUCAGGUAAACCUAUUGCUAUCUCGGGCGCUGCAACAAGUUCCACACGCAUUGACAAUGGUUCGGUUUGCAUUACGGCAGAUAAUCCACCCAAAAGCGUGGCCACAAAGUCGGUGAUGGCUCGCCUGUCUAGCAUUUAUCGCCUGGGCGGUGUACGCGGCAUUUUCGCUGGACUUGGACCGCGUCUCUUCAAGGUGGCGCCCGCCUGCGCAAUCAUGAUUUCAUCCUUCGAGUACGGCAAGUCCUUCUUCUACCACUACAACGUCGACCAACACAAUGAGGCGCUUCUCGCGAUACCACACAAUCGGAGGACAACGUCAGCCGCCCAUGGCUCGGACUCGGCCCCCGGGAAGUGCGACAAGUUCAACUAGCGUCGCUGCCAUACCCCACUCCUUCUAAAUGUAUAUAAAUGUGUAAAUUAUGCCAAAGAUGCAACCGAGUCGCUGGAUUGCAGCUAUCUGCUGGGGUUAUUCGAACCCUAACGCGUUGGUAAAUUGUAUAGUGAAGCAAAAUUUUUGUUAUUUUCUUUUUGAACUAUGCAUAAACCCCGGAAGCAUUGUCCCCACGAAAUAAGAGGCAACACACCUUACGCUUUCUGCUGGAAGCUUUAUGGGCGGGUGCCAUAGUCCCCAUAAAUAAAGAAGGCGCCAUU